AUGCUGGAAAUUCUUCGGCCAUUCUUGAGAUGUUUGCGGAAGGGCGAGCCCACCCAACCGAUCUUCUUGCUCCCUCAGGAAAUUCCCUUCUUCAUACACGGCAUGGGCAUUGACAUGCUUGGGCUCUGCCGGAUCAUUCUAGGCUCAACCAAAGCAUUUGACUUGGACUUUCUGAACCAAAGUGGAAAAACCCCACUCAUGCAGUGUUGUCAAUUUAUGCUGGAAAGCAGCAAAUCUUAUGAGAGGAUGCAGCCGAUGGCAAGUAUUCUCAUAGAGAAUGGCGCCAAUCUCUCCAUUUGCGACAAAGUUGGACAGUCGUCAUGUCUUCUGAUGUUCCAGAUGCCUCAAGGAUUCGAUUACUUCGAUGAGGUUCUGUAUAAGUUCAUUGACCUCGACAUGCUUCAGAACCUCCGCCCGACAGACCUAUGGCUCGUAGCGUCUUUAGCACGAUCAAUCCCUUCCUUUAAGAGCAAGCUCGAAGCUGAGUUCCAGGGGAUACGAACACCUAUCGGGAUCUCAUCUAGUAUCCGUCCCCGCAUCGAACAUCUGCCCGAGCUGGAUCCUCAAAAGCAAGCAUCAUGGUUAAAGAACAUGAUUGAGCCCUUCCUAAAAUGUGGCAUUGACGUCAACGAAACGGAGAUGUCGGAUGGCAAAACAUACAUUCGUCAUGCGGCCAGAAAAGGAAACCUGGAAGUUGUAAUGGCUCUUGCUCAGGCAGGAGCUAGCUUGGAGCAGGUGGAAUGGGUAUCUAAGAGCACCAAUCUAUGUGCCUCGGUUUUGGAGGAUUUGCUCGAGCGCUAG